AUGUCCAAGCUACCAACAGGUCCAUGGAAAGAGUUAAUCGUUGAAUUUGCUGAAUUGCCUUUAGCAUAUCUUCUCGUCAUAAUCUACGACUAUUCUCGAUUUCCUGUUGUAGAAGUCAUCAAAUCAGUUAUUGCUGUAGCUGUCAUUCCGAGAAUCGAGAAGAUCUUUUCAGAAUUUGGUGUACCAAAUGUGCUAAAUCCGAUAAUGGAUCGCCAUUCAACAGUACAGAUUUCCAGCUUUAUUGCAAAUGAUCUAGGCUUCAAAGAUCGUAAAACCACACCAUACUGGCCAAGGGUGAACGACGAGGCAGAAGGCUUCAUGAAGACUAUCAAGAAAGCUAUCAAGGCUUCAAUGACAACAGGUAAAAACUGGACACAUGAAAUGUUGAAGUUUCUUCACAACUACCGUGGAUCACCACACUCAAGUACCAAUGUACCCCAGCGCCCGCUUGUUCUCUAG